GGCUGCUGUGUGACACUCAGUAUGAUGGCGAUGGAGGUGCAGAUCUCAGACUCCAACAGUGGCAGCUCCAGCCGGUUAGAGGUCUCAGUUGACGGGCUAACACUCAGCCCCGAUCCGGAGGGAGAGCUGGAGCAAAACGAGAGUUAUGGAGACACCGUUCCAGAAAAGGGAGAAGGAGAGAACCUGUCCGAAGAAAAAGGGGAGGGAGAGACUGCCAAGACCAUGGAAAGGAAAUGGGGCUUUUCUCUUCAGGAGCUCUAUGGCCUGGCUCUUAAAUUCUUUAAAGAGAAAGAUGGUAAAGCCUUCCAUCCCUCAUAUGAAGAAAAACUAAGACUUGUGGCCCUCCACAAACAAGUCUUACUUGGUCCUUAUAAUCCGGAUGUCUGUCCUGAGGUUGGGUUUUUUGAUGUACUUGGAAAUGACAGAAGGAAAGAAUGGGCAUCUUUGGGAAACAUGUUGAAAGAAGAUGCCAUGGUGGAAUUUGUGACAUUGUUAAAUAAAUGUUGCAAUUUAUUUGCACCAUAUGUUACCUCUCAUAAAAUAGAAAAGGAAGAACAGGAAAGGAAAAGACAAGAGGAAGAGAAGCGCCGUCGGCUUGAGGAAGAGGAGCGGGAGCGAGUGAGGCAGGAGGAGGAGAAGCGACAACAAGAGGAGGAAGAGAAGAGGAUGAGGGAGGAAGAGGAGAGGAGGCAGAUCGAGGAAGAGAGGCAGCGCAUGGAGCAGCAGAAACAGCAGAUCAUGGCAGCGUUGAAUGCUCAGACAGCAGUGCAGUUCCAGCAGUAUGCAGCACAGCAGUACCCAGGAAACUUUGAACAGCAGCAGAUCCUGAUCCGACAGCUCCAGGAGCAGCACUACCAGCAGUACAUGCAGCAGCUCUACCAGGUCCAGCUGGCACAACAGCAGGCAGCCCUACAGAAGCAACAGGAAGCUGCAAUAGUGGCCUCAGCAGUGGCAGCAAAGGCCCAUGCAGUUUAUCCAGGAGAGAGCCCAGCUGUGAAUGGACAGGCCAAUUCUCACACAGAAAGCUUUGAAAAAGAGCCUGAGCCAGAGUCGGGUGAGGAAGUGUCAGAAAAUGGACCAAAAGAUGCGUCCCCUGUUAUAGCUGCUCCCUCCAUGUGGACCAGGCCACAAAUUAAAGACUUCAAGGAGAAGAUCCAACAGGACGCAGACUCGGUGAUCACAGUGGGUCGAGGGGAAGUGGUGACAGUCCGUGUUCCUACACAUGAAGAGGGGUCCUAUCUGUUUUGGGAAUUUGCAACAGAUCAUUAUGACAUUGGCUUUGGAGUUUAUUUUGAAUGGACAGAUUCUCCAAACACAGCAGUUAGUGUUCAUGUCAGCGAGUCAAGUGAGGAGGAGGAGGAGGAGGAAGCAGAAAACCCAAGCGAAGAAGAAAAACCUAAGAAGAAUGUCAACAAGCCUCAGGUGGAUGAGAUUGUGCCAGUGUACAGGAGAGACUGCCAUGAGGAGGUAUACGCAGGCAGCCACCAGUACCCAGGGAGAGGGGUUUACCUUCUAAAAUUCGACAACUCCUACUCAUUGUGGAGGUCAAAAACAGUCUACUACAGAGUUUAUUAUACCAGAUAAAAGCAAGACACUGGGGUUGUGCAGGAUGGACCAUAGUGUGGGUUAGUAGUUGACUUCUCAUUGUGAAUUCUAACGUCUGUCUUUUCGCUAUGGAAAUCUCUGAUUCAAAGUUGGUGCAUAUGGAACCUGUAAAGUUCUCAUAUUGUGUUAGCCCUGCUCAGAAAACUAACAUCAGACUUAGCCUUAGUUGGAUACAGAAGAUAUAACUAUGUCAACCUUUUUUUACAUAUGGUCUAGAUCCAGAAGCAUUCAAUUUCAACAUCUCAUAAAUAUUUGGUAUAAUGGUAAAUUGUCCUGCUCAAUAAAAAAUGGGCUAUUAACUAGUAGUGUCUAAGUCUUGAUUACUUUUGAUAACUUUGUGUUUUUUGUCUCUUGACUGUUCAGAGUGUCAUUUUUACAUCAUCUUUAUCUAAAUAGGUCAGAAGUGUUGAUGUAUCAUGUCUGUGGAAGACUAGGGCUGUGCAGUAAUUCAUACUCUACCCCUUGCCCUCAUGCCUUAUCCAAUGGCUUAAUAUUUAUCCCCUUCAAAUACUCUUGUGGAUGAUCCAUUAAAUAUUAACUUAACAUAUUGCCCUAAUAUUCAUUGGGGGAUGCAAAUAUGUGUGUCACAUUUUGUUUCUUUAAAAAAAUCCUCAGUCUUGAGCGCAAAUACUAAUUUCACGCAUUUGGUCAUAAUGGUAUGUUAUGUUGUGGUACAUCAGACUGCCUUGCUAAAUGUGAGAUGACUAAGAAUUGGAUAAACCAGGCACCAUUGUGUAACUAGAAUUCUUGGAUAUUAAAGAAAGGGGGUGACAGGACUGAGGGGAUGUAGCAAUCAUCAGGAGAUGUCAGAUGACCAGAAAAGUACCAGUAGUGGGUUAGUAUGCAAAGUAAGAUGCCAGUAUGAAUAAGAGCCAUUUCCUAUAUGUAGUCAAACAUAGUCAUUUUCAGACUCUGCUACUUUCUCUGCUAAAAGGUACUGUAGAAUGUAUUGUUGUUUAUGAUAAGCAGAUAAUUUUUUUAAUCCAGGAUGUUCAGUUUUGGAUGAAUAUUGCACUUACAGGAUCUGAUAGAUUAAGUUUAAAACUAGUUUCUGCAUUAAUGCUUUUAAUUGAUUGCACUUACGAAAUAUAUGAAUGCUUUUUAUUGUAUUAAACAAGUAUACACAGCCUACAUUAUUGAUGAAUAAUUUCUUACUAGUUGUUUCUUGAUUAGUGAAUAUUUGUCAUAUAAAGCUCUGCUUUCUAGCCAGGUUUUUGGUUACCACAGAUUGAGAUUUAUUUGUGCAUGUCUGUUGUAGUAUUGUAAUGCGUCUGCCUGGUCGUUGGAGCACAUUUUGCUACAGAUUGCAGAUAGUUGGGAAGUGUACUCAUGUAAUUUGGGAAAAAUUGCUAGAAUAUAGAUUUCAUUUGCCCUGGAAUGAAAUGCAUGACUAUAACCUGAAAUUGGGGUAUGUAAAUUAUUCCACCCUUGCUUUCUCACUACAAUAAUAAUAAAAAAAAAAACAAACAAAAAAAAAACUACUGGAGUACAAUGCCAGUGUAAAAAACAUGUUUGGGUGUGUAAACGGUAAAAUUAAAGUGUAUUGGAUUAGACAUUUUGUUUGCUUUGUUAGCUAAUUGUUGGAAAAACUGGUUCCAGGUGACCUUUUUAAAUCUGCAGUAUUUGUAACUAGGAAAGGUCAUUGGAGAUACCAGACUGACAGAAUGUAUCUGUAAACAAAGCUGUAAACCAGUGUUUCUGGUCAGUUUUUCCCCAGGAAAAUAAAAACACUCUUACCCUGAAAUCUGUGGCGCUUGUGUGUGUCAAUACAUUAUGCAAAAUAAAAGUAUAAUUUGCAGGAUUAGAAUUCAGUAAUUUGCUUUAAGCAAUACUGUUUCUACUAAUUGUGGAAUACUGCAAUUUGUCAGAUUUAGUUUUUAGCAUACUGGAACCAAAAGAUUUGUUUAGUUUUUUUGAAAAUUCCAUUAACGCAUUGAAAUACGUCCAGUUUCCUGAUCUUGAUUUAAUUGCUGAUUUGAAUUCAUGAAUAGUCGAAAGGAACAUUUGUGCCCUGUUUUUUCAUUAAUUUGCUGAAAUGCAGAUGUACUGUAAGGGCUAGCUUGAUUUGCAUGCUUUGUUUAUGAAAAUGCCUCGACUGUUCUGCACAACCCAAGUAGAACUUAUUUUUUUUAUUUUGCACAUGGUGCAUUAAUAUAAUUCAUAAAAAAUCAUAUUACAAUAAUUUUAAAGAAUGCAUUGGAAUAGAGUUUACUGCUGCAGUGUACUACAGAAAUCACUGCUAGAAUAAGAUUGUGUCCUUUUGAAACUGCACUUUUUUUGUAGUGUUGAAAUACAACAUUACACAAAAAAUGGAGACUAAUGGCUUUCAGGGUGUUUUCAUUUCCUCAUGCAAAUAUGUGUGCUUCUGUUACACAAGUUCUGAAUAUAUUGAAGCAGUUGUAUUUGGUUAAUUUAAAAACAUCCAUUUUUUUCAGUUCACUGAAAACUUAUUAAAAUGUGACCAUUAUUUGCACGUUUGCCUUUAUCAUGUUUUAAAAGGUCAGGUUGAGUCAUCAGUCAUAUAUCUCUUAUUGUUAGUAAAUCAACAUUACUAACAUUUAAAUCGGCAUGUAAGCAAGCUGUGAGAGUCUACAUGUUUCUGUGGGUGUGUCUAUACCCAUUGACCCAAUUGUUUUUGUCUGCAUAUAGUAAGUAUAUAUGCCUACACAAUUGAUUAUAAUCAACAUAUUUCAAACAUUUUGGCUAUAAAAAAAAAAAAAAAAAAAAAAAAAAAAUCAACUGACUUUAUGCCCUUAAAUUAUGAACAGUUAUCUUUGUACUCGACUUAAUUACUGCAUUUUUUAAACUAGUAAAUAGUUUGUUCAUAACUUAAUACAGUUUUGUUUCUGGUAUGUGAGUCCUGUUCGCUGCAGCUUGUACAGUUUAGCAUAUGUUGCUUAUAAUGUUUUUUUGUUGUUUUGAUAUCCAAUUUGUAUAUAACACUUUUCUUUCCUAUUUGCUGAGAAUUUUCUAAUUUAGAAUAGUAUUUUAUUUUUUACAGUGGUUAAGUAAUUGAGUCAUUUAACAUUAUCACUGCAUUUUGUAUUGUGCUCAUUAACAUGUGUUGUGGGAUGUGACCAGUUCUGAAUGUCAUUAGUAUACUGCCCCAUUUCUCUGUGACACAUUACCAUUUGGUACAUUAAAAAAAAAAGAAUUACCAGGUAAGUGAAAUGAAAGAUUUUUCUACCAGAAGUUUCUGUAGUUUUUAAUCAGGUUUUAUGAUUGCUUUAAGUUAACAAUUUUUUGACAAUAAAUUGGUUCAGUGUUUAUCUUUCAUGAACCUCUCUUUUGCAGUCUGAUUCUUUUAUACAGUGUGUCAAAAGACUAUUCAUUGCCUGCUAGAGAAAUUGGAUGGUUUUCUUGACUCCUGAAAUAACUGAUUUGAAAUAAUCUGCUACAUAUUUGAAGCAUUACUAUUACUAAACAGGAUUUAAAAAAACAACAACAAAACAAACAAACAAAAAUUAUUAAACCAUUGUCUGAUCUUUGUCAGUGAUAAUGUUAAAUGAUGGCCUUUUGGGUGGGGUGUAAAAUAUGAUUAUAAUUUGUUUGAGGUGAAAAGGUAAAGAUCUGUAUGUAAACUGUAAAUGAAAAUUGAACAAUAAAAUUCACCUUCACCUGUUUGGUUUGUACAGUGCAAAUGCAAACAAUUAUUGGAAUAUAUUGAAUCUUAAUUAAACUUCAGUUUAUCUGUA